CAAAGUGUGACGUAAGAUCUAUUGCCCGGUUAGCUAGCUUGUAAGCUAGUUGGCUAGUUGUUGUUGUUAACAGCAUACAUCGUCAGUUAACGUCAGCUAACUAUCAAGUUGCUAACGUUUACUGACCUGGGUAAAUCGGGAUUGAUCAUGGACGACGAAACCCACCCCAGAACCUUGUACGUGGGAAACCUUUCCCGAGAUGUAACAGAGAUCUUAAUCCUACAACUCUUCACCCAGAUAGGACCAUGCAAGAGCUGCAAAAUGAUCACAGAGCACACAAGCACUGACCCAUAUUGCUUUGUGGAGUUUUUUGAGCACAGAGAUGCCGCUGCAGCCCUUGCAGCCAUGAACGGCAGGAAGAUAUUAGGAAAGGAGGUUAAAGUAAAUUGGGCCACCACCCCGAGCAGCCAGAAGAAAGACACAUCCAAUCACUUCCAUGUGUUUGUGGGUGAUUUGAACCCUGAGAUUUCCACUGAAGAUGUCAGGGCUGCUUUUGCGCCUUUUGGGAAAAUCUCAGACGCUCGUGUUGUGAAGGACAUGACCACCGGCAAAUCAAAGGGGUAUGGAUUUGUGUCCUUCUACAACAAACUGGAUGCAGAGAACGCCAUCGUUCACAUGGCGGGACAGUGGCUGGGAGGACGCCAAAUCAGGACGAACUGGGCGACGCGUAAACCCCCGGCACCCAAAAGUGCUCAGGACAAUGGUUCAAAGCAGCUGAAGUUUGACGACGUCGUGACCCAGUCCAGCCCCCAGAACUGCACGGUGUACUGUGGCGGGAUCCAGUCAGGUCUAUCAGAACAUCUCAUGAGACAGACCUUCUCCCCAUUUGGCCAAAUAAUGGAAGUCAGGGUUUUCCCCGAAAAGGGAUAUUCUUUCAUCAGGUUCUCCUCCCACGACAGCGCCGCCCACGCCAUCGUGUCCGUAAAUGGCACCGCCAUUGAGGGCCACAUAGUGAAGUGUUACUGGGGCAAAGAGUCGCCCGACAUGGCAAAAAAUCCACAGCAGUUUGAGUACGGUCAGUGGGGGCAGUGGAACCAGGUGUACGGGAAUCCACAGCAGCAGUAUGGGCAGUAUGUGACCAACGGGUGGCAGGUUCCCUCCUACAACAUGUACGGUCAGACGUGGAACCAGCAGGGAUUUGGAGUAGAGCAGUCGCAGUCAACCCCCUGGAUGGGUGGCUUCGGCUCCCCGUCAGCCCAGGCCGGGGCCCCUCCUGGCACAGUCAUGUCCAACAUAGGCAAUUUCGGCAUGGCUGGCUACCAGACGCAGUGAGCCGGCUCCCUGGCCGAAGCGUGCUCUCUCAGCUGGACAGCUGCUGUGGUAACAGGCCGGGGGCCGUAUUCACAAAGCCUUUAUAGAGCGUAGUUGCGCCUAAACGAGCAGUUUCUUAGUUGUCAUAAACGACGGUCCAUUAGAGUCUGGACUUUUUAAGUUAAUUUAACGGCGAUUGAUUACGGUGAAGUGCUCUUGGAAUUCUGCAGGGAAGCCAAAACAAGCUGUCUGUGUCUCCGCAAUUAGGGAUAUAUACCAAUGUUUGUUAAUGUUCGGCCCCUUUUUAGCAUUUGACAAGAGGCUGUUUAUGUUAAAGGGGCCAUAUUAUGUUAAACUAAGAAAUAUUUAGGCAAGUCACCAAGGAAUAAAACAACGGGGAAGUAGGGUUCCUCUGUGUUUGCGUUAACAGCUUUGGUCGGUUCACAGCACAAAGUUUUUACAACAAAUUAGUGGAAGGAAAAGGAGCUGCUGUAUUGUCCUUGUGUGCCUGACCAAAGCUUGAUAAAGACCUAAAGACCUCAGGAUAAAAAUAUAACAUAUAGUGUCUCCUUUAACAUAGGCGCCAAACACCAUGCCUUUCUUCUCAUCACAUAUAUAGUCAAAGUUGUUUUGUUUUUUUCCCAAGUCAAGUCAUAACUCUUAUUUUGAAAACCUAAGAACAGAAAGAAGGCACAAGUUAGUUUGUUUGUUUUCUUGCUUUCCUAAAGCACACACUUCAGCAGCUCACCGACAGAGCUAUGAAACUGUUUGCAGACAUGUUGGGAGGACAAAUGUCCCCUCAACUUUUAAUAACCAAGGCCAGGUUUGCAAACCCCACACAGUCUCAUAUUAUUUGUAUAGACCGAGUACAGGAACGAGCCGCUAUGGUCGGGCUGGACCUCCGGGUCACUGGCCAGGGGGGAGAGAAUGCUUUGUGAAUAGAGGCCCCGGAGCAGCAGUGUUGUUUACCGUUCCAGUAUAUGUAAAGAGACUAUUUGUAAAAACAGCUGUGGCUUUAAGGGAGAGAAUUGUGAGGUGUGAAAUCUCCUGGAUAAAAUUUGUGUACAAAGAAAUUUUACUUACACCUCAGAAAGCAAAAAAAAAAAAAAA